AUGACUACUGGAGGUCAUAAGAUAGGAGAAUUCAUUAGUACAUCCCAGAGCACAUUACUUCUCUUGCGCUCUCUCUUCCUUGAUAAUCCACCAUCUUCUCUGGUUCUUGCUCAUGAUUUCUCACCCAAACCUAAUACUAGUAGUAGUCCAAAGAAAAACCCACGACUAAGAAAACCGCAAUCUUCAUGGAAGCAAUUCAAAAGUUUAAUUCCCUUAUCUUCCUGGAACCAAAUCAGAAAAUCUGUAACAUGUGGUGCGUACUCGAAGUUAAAUUCUUCUCCUGCUUCUAUUCGUAAUCUCAAUAGAGAUGUUGGUCAUGAAAAUAAUAGAGUGGAUGAUCAUAGUUCUACAAGAUCUUCAGUUCUUAAUGUUGGUCUUCAUGGCAAUGGGUCUUACCCUAAUUCAAAAACAACUUCUAUUUCAGUGUCGGAGUUGGGACCAGAAGAUUUAGGUCGAGAUACAAUAGAGAUGAUAUUCAAAUCAAGCUUAGGAAAAGACGAUCCAAUCUGCAAAAUCGAAAGGGUACUAAAAGUCCACAAUACACAAACCAGAAUCCAAAGGUUUGAAGAAUGUAGAGAAUCAGCUCAGAAGCUAAGCAGAUGUAACGCAAAUAGAAAUCCAAGAUGUGCAGCUGAUGGCAAUGAACAAUUGAGAUUUCAAUGCACAAGUUUAGCUUGUUCACUCGGUCAUUCUACUACUAAUUUAUGCGACUUUGUAGAUUGUGGUGUUUGUUCAGUACUAAGACAUGGAUUUCCUGGGUGCAAUGUGAAAGGACUGGAAGGAGUGCAUACUACAGCAACAUGUGGGAAGGCACAUAGUAGUUUUGGUGGUGUGGAUUGGAAUGAUUCAAGAGCUAUGCUUGUUUGUCGUGUGAUUGCUGGUAGAGUAAAGCAUGUCGCGGAAGAGGAUGAAAACAUCAAUGUGGCAGUGGCGGAAAGUUAUGAUGCUGUUGGUGCUGGUUGUUACGAAAGAGGUUUUGGCAAAUUUGAUGAACUAUUUGUUUUUAGUCCUGAGGCUGUUCUUCCUUGCUUUGUUGUCAUCUACGCUUCUCAUCAAUAA